UUCAGUAGUAGCGGUGACGACGUUCAGCGUUCCAUCGAGUUGUUAGAUCGAGUGCUCUCCGAAUUCGAUGAUGUGGAAAAUGCGAAUCAGGUUCAAAACAUUCAACAGAUUACUACUUCGACCUCAACGCCUCAACUCCGUCAUCUCACCAGCAACAACCAUCAUCACAACUCCACCGCCCCCAACAGUGGAGCCACGACAACCCCUGACGACGAGAGUCCUUCGUUGGGUGGCCACCAGUCAGAAGACGACGGAUACAUGAGCAUGAACGGUCGAAAAGCUAAAUUUAAUUUGUCUUUUAAACCUCUGGCGGAACACCACGAAAACCCCCCGCCGCCGCUACUGUCACCACAUCAAUUAAGAUCGCCUACGACACCUGUUAGACCUGGAGAUCCGGAUGAUUUCCCGCCACCCCCCGAGGAGGCGCAGAGAUUGAUAGCUACGUUAUUGCCUAAGGUUUCACCUACCCAUCGCCCUUCAAAAUCCCGCAGUGGUAGCGUUAAUUCCGUAACAGGAGGCAGUGGAGGCAGAAGCCACCGGUCUUUUCCACUCACUCAACUGCCCCCGCGUAUGGACACUAUCCCACCCCCGCAACGGUUUCAAAAUGAUAAUAGUGCCGCUCCCAUCAUCAACGGGUUACCUCUAGAUCCCGUACAUACUGCCACGCAAACAACAUUGCCAAAAACGAAACAUCAACGUCCAUUCGGUUGGGAGAGCAACGAUUUUACAUUGAAUCCGCCUCCUCCUCCUCCUGGCUACCGUUUUGGAAGCUUGCCAUACAGCCAUUGCGUCUACCCUAUUACCUCACCUACUAGGAUGCCUCCUAGAACUGUGCCUACAGCUGUAGAAAGACAUAGAGAAGUUAAAAGACACGGCAGUGAAGACAAUCUCUCUAGUGAUUUGGAUGAAACCCCAGCCUUACGACCACUUAGCGAGUUAGCAGACGAUGAACAUUUUUCUGAUGAUUCUUUAGAAGGAAUAUUACCUCCUCCACCACCACCUGCUUGUAAUAAAAGAGCCAGUAUUGCUUGGGAAGUACCCUUAGAUGAUGAAGCUCUGCUUACUCCAGGUAGCACCAAAGUUAUAGGUAGAAGAAGAAGGAAAUCAGGAUCUUACUCUAGCACUAGCUCUAUACCUAAUAGACUAAAGGAACUGGAAGAUUGGCCUGAUCCGCCACCUUGCACUACAGAAGAUGAAGUUACGUCACCCUUCUCAGAUUCUGAUGAUCACAUGAUGUUACCAGCCGAACUGAACAGUGCCAAUAUAUCUGGAAAUAGCACGUAUAUAAUAAGAAGGGGUAAUAAAGAACGAAAAUCCCUCCAGGCUAUGGGCAGUUCGCUAACUUCAAAUUCAUCGUUAAAUUCCCGCUUAAGUUCUGAGCUAAGUAUACCAGCUAGUAGAUUUAGUGGAGAACUUAGUCAUCGCUUGAGCCGAGAACUUCAUACUCCUAGCUCUCGAUAUAGCGUAGAUCUCGGUACUUCGCAUUCAAGAUUAAGCAAUUCUCCUAAAUCUAGACUGAGUUUAGACUUGAACAACUCAAGACUACUCAGCCAGGAACUAAGUUCUUCUCCAUCGAGACACAGCGUGGAAUUAUGCAGCAGUAGGUCCAGUACCCCAAGCAAGUACGAUCUCGAACUGAGAAAGCAUAGCACUACUUUUGAUAAUAUAAAGUCGUUAGUCAGAGAAGGUGUUGUUCAGGAUCUUGUUUCCCCGAAAACCGAGACAGCCAAAGACUUUAGCCCAGUUAUAUCUCCCAUAGUCAGGGUCGUGUCCUUACCUAGUUUAAAUGCUGAAGAGUUUACUCCUAAACGUGAAUUAGACGUAACUGUAGAAGAAGAGGAAGAAGUAGAGAGUUCCCAACCUAGCGCAGAGAUAUCGCCUUUGAGAAAAAUAGAGCAGAAUAUUAGCGAGCUACUAGAAAGGAGGGACAUAGAGGUAAUGCAGAAUGAUAUGUUUGUGUUAAAUGGAGUAGAUGGACUAGGUAGAGAGAAGAAAAGAGCUCCGUCUAAACCGAGUAGGGAUUUCAGACAUAGAAACGAUUUGCAGAAAUCGAAUAGCCAUAGUGAGAUACAGAGAACGGAAGAAUAUUAUAGACAGCUUUUGAUUGAUGGUGGUAUUCCGUUUCCGAAACGAAACGGCAUCCAAAAAUCUGAAAGCGCUAAAGAAAUGCUUAUAGCUCAUCGAGAACCGCGUCCGCUCCCAACUUCAACUUCUGCUGAUUUUCCUGUGCGAGUGGAGGUUCUACAGCACGAAUUUCCUCCGCUGCCUCCAUCGCCCGUGGAAGAAGACGAAGAUGAAUACACGGAAAUCUUGCAUCCUGUACAUAAAAGCAGAGCCGACACGCUGCCCAAUAGUAACGAGCCUCCCGCAGUGCCUGCCCAUCGUGAACCGGGCUCGAAUAGUCUUAAGACUAGAUCUAUGGAUGUUAAUUAUAGUCGAGGUCGAAGGACCAAUUUCUUCACUUCAUCGAAUAGAAACAUUCCCUCAGAGCGUAGAACACUUCCGACGGAACUACAGGAAAAACGAAGACCGUUCCAAAAACGGGCCUCUCAACAAAGUCCUCAGGAGGAACAUCAUCUACAAACGUCGUGCAGUCUACCAGAAACGCCAAUUUUUGCUAGAGGUUGUGAUAUACCGCGUACUCCUCACCGAAGAGCUCCAGACGUACCUGGUGGUAACCAAACUGCACCUAGGCAAAGCAAUACAAUAGGUAGCCUAAACACGAUCGGAACCACAGUCUCCAGCGGCGGAUACCGUCGGGGCUUGUCGCAAACGGGCCUCGAGCAAGCAAUCGUCGGGGCUGAGCUUCUGAGGCUCGCUGGCGGUCCUGGACGCGGCUGGUAUCCGAAGCAAAGGCAUCGACGCCCAGCCUCCAUCGAACAUCUCGACAGAACCGCGAUGGGUCACAAUCCGUGGGACACGACGUCCAAUAGGAAACCGCAGACUUUACCGCCCAACCUAACUCCUAAGUUCUUCCAGAGAUCACCGAGAGAUGCUCUCAGAAGGGUUACCAGUUUGUUGAUUAAAAAAGGAAAUAAUGGCAAGGACACGAAAAAGGAUAAGGAAGUAGUGUCACCGACUAUCCAUGAGAAUGCAAAUGGCGAAGAAGUUCAAAAGAAGAAAGGAUUCUUCAAGAAUUUCUGGAAACGGUCACGGCACUACUCUUUAGAGCAACAAUAGUGAAUCCCCCAUAUAUAGGAUAUUUUUUUGUGUACAUUUUAUAUACCUAACAAUAACUCAACAAGUCUAACCGCUAGUAUUACCAUAGGUACUACUAAACUUUCAGAAAUCCGACAUCCUGAAAAUCCUUACAGUACUAUGUGUUUCAGAAAUUAUCAUAAAUAUCAAAAGUGUAACGAAGAAGCUGAUCGGUUGGUACUUAAACUGUUCCUUUGGUCCUUAAUUAAAACUCUAUUUCUGUUCAAAUACAUUAUAUUAUUUUCAAUUCACAAUAUCGAUGACUAAACCAUAACAACUUGUUUACAAUAAUAUCUAAGACAUAUAUACAGUCAGAAAAAUGAAAGAAUACCCAUGAACGAUCACAUCAAUCACUUAUUUUGUAUUUGCUGUCUUUUUCUAUAAAUAACAAACGUUUGUCAAAUACACAAAAUACGUGAUUGAUGUGAUCGUUCAUGGGUAUUCUUUCAUUUUUCCGACUGUACCAAUGUUACGCCAUGCUCGCGGCUAAUAACAAAUACCGAUCCCCUGUCUUUCCAUUAUUCUUUAUUUAUACCUAUCAACCGAUUACAACAGCACGUUGAGUUCAAUGUCAUAUAUAUUUCGUUACUGUCGCUUUAAGGUUAAUACGGGUUAAAACAAUAAUAAAGUUAUUCGAAAUUAAGCCUUAAACAUAUUUUAUACAGAGUGUUAUCACUACAGUGUAAUAUCACUACAAAAGGCAUGUUUUUGAACAACUUAUAGUUUUAGACAUAUUAUGUUACAUGAAACUAUAUAGUUAAUAUUGAUUGAUCAAUGUAUUAAUGAACUAGUUUUAUUUAAUCUCUUUUACAUUUUAUUUUAAUAUUUUCAUUGUAACCAUUAUAUUUUAAUAUUUUCUGUAGCACUUGUUUUAUCAUGGUUAUUAAAUUGUUUAAUUUUUAUUCAAUUUUACUACCUAAAUACAUGUAGGUAAUGUGAAACAAAGGACAUCGCACACAUCUUAUGGUAAAUAUAAUGUCACUCACAUGAAAUAAAAUUUACAUGAAUAGAUGCGUCCUGAAAUUUCAAUAAUUUGAUACCAUUGCGCCAACUCUGAAUUUUGCUUAAUUAGUGCGUUAAUUGUAAUUAAAGUUUAUCGAAAUCGCAUUUUGAAGUCCAUAAAAAUCCAUAGAUUGUACUAAUUGGCAACUGUAUACUGAAUUGGUCUAUAUAUCUCUCGUUAAUUUUGCAUUCCAAGAAAAUAUUAUUCAAAUCUCUAAUAGAGACAUUAUCACAAAUCGAACUGGUGAAUUCACUACUAUAUAGAUCAUCUUAGAUUCGAUUAUAAUUGAGGCUUUCUGUGAAUUCAAACUUACACACUAUCUAUUGGGAAUGACUUUAAAUUCAAUAAAAGUUUCAAACUUAAAUUGCUGCUGAAAAGAAAAGUGUAUAUAAUUUCUGAAACACAGAAUGUAAGGGAUGUCAUUCACCUGCCGAAGUUACUUUUUUAAUUUUUUUACUUCGGUGCAUAUUUGAGAGGUAGAUGUAGAUAUUACAUACUAAUUUAUUACAUGUAACAAGUUUAGCAAACACUCCUUAUAUUCGUAAACGAUGGCUGAUAGAGUUCAGAACAGAAUUAUUUAACACAUUUUUUAUUGUUUUACAAGUUUCUUUUUGUGUUUUGAUGGUAGCAACUCUGUAAUUGUUUAAACUUAAACAUAUGGGUGGUGCUGCUUCAAUAUCUUUCUUUGUUAUGUUGGUGAUGUUUUUCGAGUAGUGUUGUGCAACUGUUGCAUCUCUCAGCUUUUUCACAUUAGAUUUCUUACUAGCCAUUUUAUUUUCUUUGCUGACGUUCGACAUGCUAGCCCUCAAUGUUGAGAUCACUAGGCAAUGAUCUGAGUGAUUUUUAAGCCACUAUAACUUCAUAACUGCAGUUCAUUACGUUUGUCCCGUGUCUUCAAUAUAUUAGCAUAUAAUCAAUCUGAUUCGUUGUUCUUUCAUAAGAGGAAAUCCAGGUUACCUUGUGUAUAUUCUUGUAUCCACACAAGAAUCAUUUUCACAGUAUCUUCCAGUUAAAUAGAGUACUUGUCUUACAUCUCUUUCAAUUCGAAAUUUAGUUGUUUUUUGUGAAGCGCAACACUCGUUACGUCUUUAAUUAUUUCUGAUUAUUUUAGUAUAUCUGAAUCUAUUUUACAGUUAUCUAAGAAAUAACAAACCUUGGAAACGACCAACUCAUAAGUUUGAUAUCACAUAAUACCGGGUGGUGAAUUGGAAAACGGGCCAUGGGAAACUCAAUGUAAAAUUCUAAACUGUCGAAUUCCUGCUUCCCUAAUUAUUUUACAUCAAGAGACAUUAGAAACUAUUUGUAGAGGAUUGAAAUCUGUAUUGAAAACAACUGUUAAAAUUGUUCUACGAAUUAAACAUAUUCCAAAAUUUUGUAAAAAUGUAAUACAUUUUUCAGUGUUUCAGCCCAAAAUUAGGCCACACACAGUGCAAUAAUGUGUCACAAUGAAGUUAUUAUUUUCACAUUUUUAAACUGUCAAUAUUUUUAUUUUAUCAUUUAUUGUUUAAAAACAAUACAGUUGAUAAGAUACCCUCAGUUGCGGAGAAAGUAUUAAUAAUAAAGAUUUUUUAUUCAGUCAAUGGUGUGAGCACUGUCAGUUAAAUAGUAACGUGUGGUCUAACUGUUACACACAUACCUAGGUACUGUGGCAAAUGUAUCAUAUUUUUCAAAAUUUUGGAAUACAUUUAAAUCGUAGAACAAUUUUAACUUUUGAUUUUAAUACAGAUUUCAAUUCUCUACAAAUAUUCUCUCAUGACUUUUGAUGUAAAAUAUUUAGGGAAGCAGGGAUUCAACAGUUUAGAAUUGUACGUUACAACACCCGGUAUACAAUUGUACGUUACAACACCCGGUAUACAAACUUUUCACAAGAAUUAUUAUUAACAAACUAAAUUCCAGGCUAGAUAUACAUAUACCAAUGACAUAAACAGGUAGGAUUUAGGCCAUGAUAAAUAUGGUACAAAUUAUCAUUUACAAGUAUUAAAGAAUCUGUUCCUCUUCUGAGAGUAUGGAAUGUGGAGGCACGGCACACUAUUCUGCCAGUCGACUUCUCUGAGGUAUCUAUCAUAUAAUUUCCUAUGUAUGUUUUCCAUCUUACAGAGGGCCUUCCUCUCUGUCUUCUUCCUGGCGAGUUCCAGUUCAAUAUUUUUUUUCGACCACCUGUGCUUUGGCAUUCUUUGUACAUGCCCGUACCACUAAAGAGUUCUGUUUUUCUACUUUUUUGUAAUUGAGCAUUCUACUUCCAUUCUCUUCCAUAUUUUCUCUGUUCUUAUUAUAUACCUACUCUAUGGUGACUUCUAGAAAUUUUCAAAUAAAAUCCUAUUCUUCUGUUCUUAUUGUAUUGACAUUCAAACAUCUCACUCUAUUCGCUUGGUCUGUUUUUCUAAAUUAAACUAGAAAUAUUUUAUGUUCUAUCCACAGAUUUAAUCUGUAUAAAUAAUUUACAUCAUGAUAUGGAACAUGUUUAAUCAUUUUGUUCUGAAAUAUAUCUAUAAUAAUUUUGCUUUAUUAAAAAUGUAUAAUUGUAUAUUAGUUUAUUUAUAUUGAACAUAUUUUUUGUCUGUGUGUUUAUGGUUUAAUAAACUUAAUUUAACAAGU